CUGGUCUUCCAGAACUAUUUAGGUGUGAUCUAGAGCCUAGGACACAGUCCCUUGACUUGGAACCAUGGAGCUGAGGGGAGUCUUCACCAUCUUUUGGGCACUCUGCUUGUCUUGCCUGAUCAUCCUCGUUGCCUGGAAAAAAACCAACAAAGGGAGAAAGCUGCCUCCAGGUCCCACUCCAAUCCCUUUCCUUGGGAACCUGCUGCAAGUCCGCAUUCAUGGAACUUUUCAGUCUUUAAUGAAGCUCCACAAGAAAUAUGGUUCAGUGUUCACUGUAUACCUGGGUCCCCGGCCAGUAGUUGUUUUAUGUGGAUUUGAGACAUUGAAGGAGGCAUUGGUAGACCAAGGAGACGAUUUCAGUGGACGUGGAGAAAUAGCUUCAAUAGAACGAAACUUCCAAGGUUAUGGUGUAGCUAUGGCCAAUGGAGAGCGAUGGAAGAUUCUUCGACGCUUUUCCUUGACUAUUCUUCGGGACUUCGGGAUGGGAAAGAGGAGCGUGGAGGAACGUAUCCAGGAGGAGGCUGGCUUCCUAGUGGAGGAACUUCGGAAGACCAAGGGUGCCCCAGUUGAACUUACCUUCAUCCUGAGCCGCAGUGUCUCCAAUGUCAUCAGUUCUAUUGUGUUCGGAAACCGGUUUGACUAUGAAGACAAGGAGUUCCAGCAUCUACUGUGGAUGAUCAACCAGAGUUUCAUUGAGAUGAGCAACCCCUGGGCACAGGCAUAUGACAUGUACUCAGGGAUCAUGCAGUAUUUCCCAGGAAGACACAAUUAUUUGUACAACUUGAUAGAGGAUUUAAAGGACUUUGUUGCACAUAGGGUCAAAAUCAAUGAAGCAUCUUUUGAUCCUCAAAACCCUCGGGACUUCAUUGACUAUUUCCUCAUCAAAAUGCACCAGGAAAAAAAUAAUCCCCACACAGAAUUCAACCUCAAGAACUUGGUCCUCACCACCCUCAACCUCUUCUUUGCUGGCACAGAAACAGUGAGCUCUACACUACGUUAUGGAAUCCUGCUGCUAACAAAGUAUCCUGAGGUGCAAGCCAAGGUCUAUGAAGAAAUUAACCAUGUGAUUGGACCACACCGGAUCCCAGGUGCGAAUGAUCGACCUAAAAUGCCUUACACAGAUGCUGUCAUCCACGAGACACAGAGAAUGACAAACAUUGUGCCCAUGGGUGUCCCCCAUAUUGUCACCCGGGACACUCAUUUCCGAGGAUAUUUCCUCCCCAAGGGCACAGAUGUGUACCCCUUACUAGGUUCAGUCCUCCAAGAGCCCAAAUACUUCCGCUAUCCAGAUACCUUCUAUCCCCAACAUUUCCUGGAUGAGCAAGGACGCUUCAAGAAGAAUGAAGCUUUUGUACCCUUUUCUUAUGGAAAGCGUCUCUGUCUGGGAGAGAGUUUGGCUCGCAUGGAACUCUUUAUCUACUUCACCUCCAUCAUUCAGAACUUCUCCUUACAUUCCCUGGUGCCACCUGAUGACGUUGAUAUCUCUCCUCAGGUCUCAGGCUUUGGCAACAUCCCCCCAUCUUAUCAGCUCCGCGUGGUGGCCCGUUGACUACUCCUUAUUAUUGGUCAAGAAAAGAUUCAUUAGAAAGCUGAGCUGUACUUGCCCAGACACACUCAGUUCCUCACUCCCCAAAAUCUCAUGAUUGCAAUAGAAAGCACUCUUACUACUGUGAUGGGCCCAUAGCUCAAGGAAGGUCAACUGCAUGUCCUAUAUAGCUCGUAGAAGAACAAUUUGCUGAUCAUGAUUUAGGAAACAAAUUUGUGUGUUUAUAUUUAACUUAAUCACCUCUGUUUUUGUUUCUGUCUGCAUGAAACUCUUGUAGAUUCUGUCUUUAAUUGUUCCUUUG